AUGCGACGGACGAGCCGAACUUCGCCGAAUAAUGAGGAGGAUUUGGAAAGACCGACCUCGUCCAAUUCAUUCCGAUGCCCCACCCGCGAAGAACCGAGCUCGAGCAGGCAGGGAAGCGAAAGACCUCAAGUGAGUCGUUUGAUCAAUAUUCUUCACGCGUGGUGCUUUCUCCUGGUGCUCCAAGUCGAGAAGUUAGAGACGCCAUGCAUCAGGGAAAAAUAGAAGAUGACGCAAAUUCUGGGUAGUAAAUUCUGGGUAGUACUACGAAAUUCUGGGUAGUACUACGAAUUGUUUCACUGGUUAUAUCCUAUUUGACCGGAAUAGCGUUCGAAGAUUGGACUUCCCACUGAUGUAUGUCUUCAAAAUUUUGGUUUCGGUGUCUUUGAUCAGGAUCUAGGGCCUAGACUUUGCUUUGGAUGCGAUGUUCGAUAUAGCAAGUGGAAUAACCUCACAUCGCCAACUCUUCCAGACCUGCGGCCCAACUCCACAGCGACCAGAUGUUCUGAACGUGGGCGCAUCCCGGAGCACAGCCCGUCGGAGCUACCAGCAGCCCUCCGCUACGCCCUCGUUUGCCACACCCCGUCCGAUGAGCAGCGUUUUUCAAACUCCAGUGAAUCCUGCAUUAAGAGUGAGUUUAGCGAGCUAGCUCCGUGGCGGACUGCCCCCCAUUUCAAUUUCAUCUCAUUUGCAUUAGUUCCCUGUUGUUUUCGGAGACUCGUUCAACCUCUCAUUUUUCAUCUCUCUCGUUUUUUUGAGGGGUUUGAAUUCAUUUUUCAUCUGCUUCAAGCGCCCAUUUCACCCUUAUCUCUCUAAUCAACCUCAAUAUUCCAGGCAUCAUCUACAUCGUCGAAUCGGGAUUCAGCUCUGGCUACACGAGAAAGACUGGCUGCUCUGAGAAAUCGGAUGAACAAGGAGUUUGGGAAUCGACAGCUCGUCGGACCGAUACACCAUUCGGAUUACGAUCACGACGAGACAAUGAGCACGACGUCGGAUGCUCCGAGCCUCCAGUCCUGGCAUCACAAGAUGAUUGUCAAGAAUGAGACUGUGGUGAGUAAGAGCGAAUUUUGUGUGAUCUCUGUGGGCAGUUCUGAUUUAAACUAAUUUUGAUUCGGGCAGUUCCGAUAUGGGGCUCCUUCGCGGGAAUAUUUUAUGUAGUUAAUCAGAGACCAAAAUGGAAUAAACUAUGUAGUUUUGUAACACAACACCGUUCGUCAAAAACGGCUUCUUUCGUUAUCUUGCACCAGUUCGUCAUGUAAGCGUCUCAGUGAAGGUUCAAUGGGCACAGAAAAUGCUGCAGUGGCAAGGUUUUGAGUGUAUCAAACUCUGUCGGCAAGAACGGAUCGCCAGGAUUACUUUAGUGGGCUUAUGGAGCAAAGCCCCAGCCACAGCCAGCCGGAAUCCGUCCUCAGCAUUUACUUUUUACUCUACUGUAACAUUCAGAAUGUUCCGGAAUCGUUCAGUGCAUUUUUUGUAGCCGUGACACUGCUUUCAGUUCGAGACUGCCCUUUUCCUACCCUUCCUCCCCCAAUUGUUUAUAAAAAGCAAAAAAACUAGAUGGUUACAAUUUUUGUAUUUUUCAGGUUGUGAAAGCGUCCGACACACUCAGCUCCUGUGCAGCUCCCCGAUCCGAACUGUUUGAAAGGUCUCCGACGAGCCCAAACUCGACAACAAUGAUGCAAGUGAACAUUCCGGAUGAUAAGCAACAGCGAGCACGCUCAUCAACUUGGACACCAUCGGAAAGCAGUUGUUGUGGAGUGUCCCCCAGUCCUCGGAUUCCUCCGCCAAUUCCGGCGAGGGCUCCAGUGACAUCCCCAGUCUCUUCUCCGCUUUCUCAUCCGGCGAUUGCUCCAAUGCCACGUUGUCCACCACCUCUCCCACCAAGAACGCCCUCCAUGAAGCUUCCGGAUCCGAUUGCGGUUGAGGUUGAGACCAGGAUUGAGGAGGAACGGAUGAAGAAGAAUGGAAUUCAAAGGGAGAUUUCCGUGGGGUCUUCGAAAAGUGCGGAUUUGCUCUCAACUACCAUGAGCCCGGAGACCAGAGGUCACAAGAAGUCAAGCUCAAUUGAUCGCGGAUUGACCAUUGCUAAGACUAUGAAGGUAAUUGGGAAAAUUGUUUCAAACAACCGAUAAGGUUAUAAGAAACGCCUAGUAAUGCUCGAUUUGUCAACGCAUCGUGUACACGUACGGAACUGAGUUCGUUCAGUCUUGAACCUUGUCGGUGGAACUUUAGAUCAGAACUGUUCAUAAUUUUCUAAAGACAGUUUUCAAAUAGGCGAUUCUAAUGUUAUGAUAACACCGUCAGAGACGGGCGUUUUACAUCUGCGCUGACCAUUUGAUUCGAUCGCUGGAAUACGUUUUUCUUACAGACUGGUCCAUUCCCACCAAACGCGUUAGCUCUUGGCGGCAGAGAAGCUACUGGAGAAGAGGAAGAACGGAAUGUCGUCGCCGAAGAGGUCAUCCGUCAGAUCACGACCGAAGUAGAGUCAGCACACAAUCUCUUUGUCGAUCCGGACACCAACAGCCUCGAGACUAUCCCUUCCGCUUCCAAUUCCUCCGCUUCCUCUCCGUCGCACUCCGAAACCUCUAAGAUUGGUGUAUUCAUCCCGGAACCGAUUCCUGAAGAGCCUUCGUGUUCGUCCAAAUCUUUCGGAACACUGGACACUGUAAACAGUUUGAGUCCGGCAAAGUCAGUUGCAAAUCGAAACUCGAGGAGCAUGUCCAAUGAUGAACUUCGUACGAACAAGUCAGACAAGUUGCCGAGCUCGGUGGAUCCUAUAACUUUGGAUGUGGAGCGGCGUCUGAGCAUGAAGAGAAGUGGACAGCACGACGCGGACCGCGCCAGUCUCGGAUCAUUGUGAGUAUCGCACUUUCUGAAACCCAACAAAAACCUGAAAACAAAUAAUAAACCAGUUUGCCUUUGAGGACACCGGCUUGAAAUGUCACAAGAGUCUCACUUUGUAGUAAUUCAUUGGUUAGCUAUUGCAACUUUUUUCAGAGACGAUGCCACUUCCCACCGAACUCUCUCGCGAACCAGCAUUGGCAACGCUGCGUCGUUUGCCAGAAAUUCAGUGAGAUAUGCCAGUGGAAUGUUGCGCGGCGCGUUCAAACGAGUCCGGACUGUCGCCCAUCCAGGGUAUGUCACUAGAUAUCCAAUUCUGAUGUGGUAUUAUGUCUAUUUUUAGAGCGGCAUCAUCAACUCGGCAUGGAAUUGGUGAAGAGACAAGUGAAGGAGAGGAAAGCGAUGAACCGCAUCACGCAGUCGCCCCGAGUAAUAUCGUGCGGCCACGGAAGAGCAAGAAAGGGCCCUAUGACUUUGAGCACCUGACAAUCGACCAGGAGCUGAACAAUGAGCAUACCGGAGCGAUAUGGUGCAUCAAGUUCAGUAUUUGCGGGAAGCUGAUGGCGACGGCCGGGCAAGACUCGAUUCUCCGAAUCUGGGUUGUCCGCUCGCAUUUACAAUACUUCUCGGACAUGCGGGAGAAAUACGCUACGAGCUCGAACUCGGACUCGGAUCCGAUGAACUCGGUGGAUAAUAUCGAUCAGUUCAGACCGCCGAGUUCGAUGGGAAGUGCGGUGAACAGCGAAACGACCGCUUCAUCGGAUGACAACAAUGGUUUGUUCUGUGUAAAACCAUUUUCACUUCUCAAAGGACACACUGCCGACAUUCUGGACGUUUCAUGGUCUAAGAACUACUUCAUUUUGUCCUCUGGAAUGGAUCGAACUGUCAAACUGUGGCAUUUAUCCCGAAACGAGUGUCUCUGCUGCUUCCAACACAUUGACUUUGUCACUUGUGUCGCAUUUCUGCCCAAAGACGAUCGAUACUUUCUGUCCGGAUCGUUAGACGGAAAACUGAGGAUGUGGCACAUUCCCGACAAGAAAGUCGCGGUGUGGAAUGAUACGGAGAAGAAGUACAUCACGGCAAUGACGUUUGUGAAGAGCGGAAAAUUUGCAGUUGUCGGCACUUACGACGGCAAAUGCAUAUUUUACACGUCCGACGUGAGUGUUAUCACGGAGAGGGCAGGGUGAGGGGAGCGGGUAGGCAAUUGAAUUGCAAAUAUUGAAUUUUAUAUGAAAACUGACCAAAUAUCAUUAAUCAGUUGAUCAUAGAACAGUUACCUGACGACCGCUGGAAUGGGACUUCGAAAACGUCGUGUAUUUUAAAGGACCAGGGAACCCAAAAUUUUUUUGAUUUUUUUGUGAAAUGUUUUUGUGACUGUUUGAAUUGUCUCUUAUUGCCUCAUACACUCGUGAAAUGCUGCCUCUCAAAAAUGCCAGUGAACGAAACGGCAUGCAGUUGAAGUUGUGGCCGUGGCCUAGCGCCAAUGGCCGAAAAAUAUAUAAAAAUAUAUGCGCUUCUCGGCCAUUUUAUUUUUUCCGCUUUUUUACCGGUUUUUUUUCAAAAAUUCACGGUUUCUCCCAUUUUGGCACUUCAUAUCAACUGAAUGAAAACAAUUUUUUAGCAGUGAAAAAAUAAGUAAGUGCCGAACUAAUGUCAAUCAACUGAAAAAUGACAGAAACCGUGAAUUUUUGGAAAAAAACCGGUAAAAAAGCGGAAAAAAUAAAAUGGCUGAGAAGCGCAUAUAAUUUUAUAUAUUUUUCGGCCAUUGGCGCUAGGCCACGGCCACAACUUCAACUGCAUGCCGUUUCGUUCAUUGGCAUUUUUGAGAGGCAGCAUUUCACCAGUGUAUGAGGCAAUAAGAGACAAUUCAAACAGUCACAAAAACAUUUCACAAAAAAAUCAAAAAGUUUUUGGGUUCCCUGGUCCUUUAAGCAAACAGCAAGAAUUCUUCAUGUGGGCAAUACUUUUCAGAAUAAAAAGUCCAAUGACGCUAGAAAUCAUUACUAGUCAGUAGAAACUGGAGAAUCAACGAGCCGCAAAAAUAAACGAGUUUUCUAGUCUAAUCAUUUUAUUUUUCAGCAGCUCAAGUACCAUACAGCCGUCGAUGUGCGAUCCACGCGUGGCAAAAACGCUCGAGGACACAAAGUAACCGGGCUGACAUCACACGGAGACAAACUCCUGGUAAUACCAACCCCCGCUGUGGACCUCAAUCUAACUCUUCUCCCGAUUUGUAGGUAACCUCGAAUGACUCGCGAAUCCGAAUGUACGACAUCCGCGACAAAGCGUUGACGUGCAAGUUCAAAGGAGUUCAGAACGACCACUCACAAAUUCGCGCCGCUUUCUCUCCGGACGGCCGACACAUCAUUUGCGGUUCCGAGGACAAGUUUGUCUACAUUUGGCGGGCCAGCGACAUGACGGUUUCCCUGUCCGUGCGAAAGGAUCGGAACUCGUGGUGGGAACGAGUGAGGGCUCACAACGCGCCGGUGCCCGUUGCGGUCUUCGCGCCCAGACCCCAGGUGUUCUUCAAUAUGCUCAACAAACGGGAUAAGCACUCGAAAAACGAUUCGAUUGACUUCAAUGCCGGCGCAGGACAAUCGGAUUCGUUGAAUUCAAACGGCAACAUCUCGAUGCCUGGACAUGUGAGUGAUGUUCAGAUAGAGACUGACGAAAUGUAGUAGUUUGAACAAAACUAGUGUUGUAGCAUAAUUUGCUGACUUUAUGCGCCCGAUGUUGUGCUGAUGACAAAGUUAUUGGAAAAAAACUUAAUCAACAGGCGUGUGCGAACUCCUGUUGGCGACCGUGACCGCCAAGCUCUUUUCUGGACACCUUCUGUCAGAAUCGUGUCAAAAAUCGGCGAAAAUGGCACAAAAGUCCUUUUUUUUUUUAAUAAAUCGGCAAUUUUGCGUCAAAUGCGCUCUACCGCACAUCACUGCGACCACGAUCACUCCGCUACAACUAACGACCGAAAAUUGAACUUUGACAUAACACUUGACGCAAAACCGAACGGCAUGUCCUUCUAUUUUUCAGAGUAUUCAAAAUGAACAUUUCGAACUUUUAAAAUCGUGUAAAACGUCUCUGACAGUUUUUUAUUCAAUUCAAUUCCCUAAAUUUUCAGGUAAUUGUCAGCGCCGACUUGAGCGGAGUGAUCAAAGUAAUGGUGAACCGGCCACGUCUCGUCAAAUUGAACACAGCAGACAUGGGAAAAACUUCUCGUUCCCGAUCUUCUACCUCUGUCACUAUGUAGACUUCUUCCUAGACUAAUUCUGCUAGUAUCUCUCGCUUUUCUAACGCAUAAUCAUUUUUGUUCUCGAAUUCAUAAUAAUUUAAAAAUGUUUUUUUUUUCGCCUCCCUCUUCAUUCAAGGUCCAUUUUUCUGUGUUGUUUUUGUCUCUUUUCACCCCGAGUGAGCUUGUUUUCAGACGCCACGUUGUCAAAUGUUUCCCAUCCCCCAAUUUCCAUUCAAAUUUACUCAAUUUGCCUUCCACUCAGCAGCUUUUUUUUUAAUUUUUGGUCUCUUUUCGCGUGCUUUUUGUGCCUCCAAUCAAACAAAACUACACUACCACCGACAAUCAUGAGUAAGCCUAUCUUAUUGUGAUGUUCAACUGUUAUUUUAAACGGGAUUUUCGAUUUCUGAUUCCCUACCAUCUCAGUACCACCACCACUACCACCACCACCUUUUUUAUAAAUAAUUAGACAUGUUUUUACCUUUACUUCAAUUUUUCUUACUGUUGAUCUUUACAGUUUUCAUACCUCUUUCUCAUUUCUUGAUUUCUAUUGUAUAUUGUCUAAUCCACAAUUUCAGGAUGAAGUUUGUGCUUCUUUGUGCGCUCGUCGCCGCCUGUGCCGCCUCUUCGCUCGAGAUUCUCACUGCUCCGGCCACUCUCCAGUUCCCGGACACCUCGGCCACCCUCAAGACGACCCAGAUCUCGACGCUCAAUGAAUACAUCCUCGGACUAUCGGCGAGACAAGUUGAAGGUACAUAGUUUUCGAAAUUCUUCCAGACCAAAACCCAUUUUCUUUUAGGAUUCAAUGUUGCCACCGAUUUGUUCUCGCGCCCACGCGCUCUCGCGGUCGUCAGCGUGAUUGGCAUCGACAACCUGAACCUGGGGGGCAAGACCUACACGACUCAAUCGGAUGGAGUUGAUAUUGUCGGAUUAGAGCAGGAUCUGGCCCUCGUCUUCGGAUCGGACCGCGAAUCGGUUCAAGUGUCCGUCGGAGGAAUCACCGGAUCGCAGCUGGCUUUGGCCGCCAAGCAGGAGACAAUCGACUCGUCGGUUAUCAAGACCCAGAGAAGCACCUUGGUCCGUGAGCUCGAGGCUGUCUACCAGCUCGUCGCUGCCAUCAAGACCGCUGGAGUUAAGGUUGACAACAACGCCGAUAUUUUCCGGUAUGUUCCUUGAGAGAAUACAUAUUACAUGGUUCAAGCAGCAUUCGCUGGGCGCGUUCACAUUAAAGCUCUGAAGUCUUACAACCAACAACGAUUGUUUGUCAUUUUUCAGUGUGACCAUCACCGGACUUGUCGGAAUCACCGAUGACGCCCAGAAGACCGAGGCUAUCGGAGACAUCACUGCCGCUGUCCAAGCCCUCACCACCGCGAUCAACAACGCUUAUGGAGGACAGGCAGUCGUCGAGCUGCUCACUUUUGAGGCCGAAACCGGAAACGCCGAGACCGGAGAGUCGCGCGAGAUCCCAACUCACAGAAUCCAGAAGAGAGACGCCUCGACGUGGGAGGAACGCCUCAAGGCCUACCGCAAGGGAUUCCAAGUGACCGUCCCGGUUUCUCAGGACUACCCAGCCAUCUUCGCCAUUUUCCUCGGAUUGGUCAUCAUUCUUGUUGUGGUACACUCAUUUGUUCUCUGGUUCCUGUAUCUUGCUUAUUUUCCAGGCGCUCAUCUACAUUGUCGUCGGAAUGGCAUCGAUUGACCCGGAGAAGGACUCGAUUAUCUACCGCAUGACGACGACCAGAAUGAAGAAGGACUAG